AUGGAGCCAGGAUGUGGCAUGUGUGCAUGACGUCAUUUCUCCAUGUACUGUUCGCCAUUUUGGAAGAAAAAAAAAAAUCACGGAUAAUUUCCGUGGUCUUGACAGAUCUGGACCCGAGUCUUUACACUGAUUGUGGAUGCUACCUAUUUCCCCGAGCAAGCCGCAUUGGUUGAUAAAGUAUUGGAAGUCGUGUACAGCAAGAGCUGCUACAUGAAGCAAUGGCGGGAGUUGCAGGAGGAAAUGAUUUCCAGUGGUGUUUCUCUCAAGUGAAAGGAGCGAUAGAUGAAGAUGUUGCGGAAGCUGACAUAAUCUCAACAGUUGAGUUCAACUAUUCUGGAGAAUUGCUUGCAACUGGAGAUAAAGGAGGCAGAGUAGUGAUAUUUCAACAUGAACAGGAGUCUAAGAAUCGUCCACACCUGCGUGGGGAGUACAACGUCUAUAGCACUUUUCAGAGUCACGAGCCAGAAUUUGACUAUUUGAAAAGUUUAGAAAUUGAGGAAAAAAUUAAUAAAAUAAGAUGGCUACCCCAACAAAAUGCUGCUCACUUUCUACUUUCGACAAAUGAUAAAACUAUCAAAUUGUGGAAAAUAAGUGAAAGAGAUAAAAGAGCAGAAGGUUACAACCUGAAAGAUGAAGAUGGACGACUCAGAGACCCCUUUAGAAUCACCUCUUUACGGGUACCAGUACUGAUGCCAAUGGAUCUCAUGGUAGAAGCAAGCCCACGGAGGAUCUUUGCAAAUGCGCACACCUAUCACAUUAAUUCCAUUUCUGUAAAUAGUGAUCAUGAAACGUACCUCUCUGCAGAUGACCUAAGAAUAAAUCUAUGGCACUUGGAAAUCACAGACAGAAGUUUUAAUAUUGUAGACAUCAAGCCCGCCAACAUGGAGGAACUGACAGAAGUAAUCACAGCUGCUGAGUGCCAUCCACACCAAUGCAAUGUAUUUGUGUACAGCAGUAGCAAAGGCACCAUCCGCCUGUGUGACAUGCGAGCAGCGGCACUCUGUGAUAGGCACUCAAAGUUCUUUGAGGAGCCAGAGGAUCCAAGCAGCCGAUCCUUUUUCUCUGAGAUCAUCUCCUCCAUCUCGGACGUGAAGUUCAGUCACAGCGGACGCUAUAUGAUGACACGUGACUACCUCUCCGUCAAAGUUUGGGACCUCAACAUGGAGAACAGGCCAGUGGAGACGUAUCAGGUCCAUGAAUACCUUCGCAGUAAGCUCUGCUCCUUGUAUGAAAAUGACUGCAUCUUUGACAAGUUUGAGUGCUGCUGGAAUGGCAGUGACAGUGCCAUCAUGACCGGCUCCUACAACAACUUCUUCCGAAUGUUUGACCGCAACACCAGGCGGGACAUCACACUGGAGGCGUCCCGGGAGAGCAGCAAACCACGGGCUACGCUCAAACCACGCAAAGUGUCCACUGGUGGCAAGAGGAAGAAGGAUGAGAUCAGCGUGGACAGCCUGGACUUCAACAAGAAGAUCCUCCACACUGCCUGGCACCCCAAAGAUAACGUGAUAGCUGUGGCAGCCACCAACAACUUGUACAUUUUCCAGGACAAAAUCAACUAGAAGAUUUGGGGCUCCAGAGGAUAGGGCUUUUACCGUACCUGUGUAGUUAAGCCUACUACUUGUCUAUCUGUAUAAGAAGAAACAGCCUUGUUGUCCUCCUGGUGAAGAAUUCGAAAGCACGUGUCUACUUUUUUUUUGCCACAGGAGGUUAAUCCAUAGGCCUGUUUUAUUUUGAAUCUGAGCUUAGGUUGUUUUUGCCUUUGGCACCAGGGCAAUCAACGUGCCCCCCGACCCAGAAAGCCCAAUUUGGGUCUAAUUGACGGAAUGGCACUCCCUAGAGGUCAAACUCUUGAACGUUGGUGUUUGUGUUGACAUUUUAAGCCUUCAUUUCACGAUUUAAUGACAGAACUCUUGGAAGCCCUUAAAUUACGUCUUGUCAAAGUUGUAACAUCAUCUCAAAGAUUUUGGGCCCUCUGAAGCACGGAUUAAUGGCCAAUGAGCCUAACUGUAACAUUCCCCCACUGGCCAUGUAUUCAGGCCAAACUACUGGUGGAAGAGGCCAUGAAUUUGGAAAGUGGACUUCUUUCUUUUCUUCCCCCUCCCUCCUCUUGCUUUACCCCAGUCAAUACGGUGACAUCAUUUCACUGACUGUAUCUACUCAAGUACACCUUGUCAUCCACAUAAUAAAAGAAACUAAAACUACA